AUGGCUAUUAUUCACCCAAUUCAAAAUAUUGUAGCUUUUGGCGACGGUCUCGUAAUUUUUGCGGUCAUAAAAAAUGUUAUUCUAGCAUACAAAAGGCAAGAUACAGGUAGUUAUAAAUUGAUUGGUAAGUGGACUGAUCAAUAUGAUAGAACAGAAUCAAUUAAGGAUAAGGUCACUAAGGAACAGGACAGACAAAUCGAUGAGAAUGCUAAGAAGCAAAAGGAUAAUGAAGGUAAUGUUGUUAUCCAAAAGAAGAAAACUGAGGCCAAGAUUCCUGUACCAGGGCCUGGGGCACCUCCAGUGUAUUCAUGCAUAAGAAAUCUACUUAUUUCCAAGGAUGGUCAUAAAUUGCUUUCUUGUGCGGACUCUGACAAAUCUGUCCUGGUUUUCGAUAUUGAUCUUAAUAAUGACACAAAUUGUUUACAGUUAGUGAAAAGGCAACCAUUUCCAAAGAGGCCAAAUUCUAUUACCAUCACUGAUGAUGGGAAGACGGUUAUAAUGGCAGAUAAAUUUGGUGAUGUUUAUUCCAUUCCAACAGACGGUGAACCAUUAAAAGAUAUUAAUGAUGAGUUGGAUCCAAUUCUAGGUCACGUCUCAAUGUUAACCGAUGUUCUAUUCAAAGUUGAUUCUCAUGGUAAGAAAUUUAUCAUUACUACCGAUAGAGACGAGCAUAUCAAGGUAUCACAUUUCCCUCAAUCAUUCAUUGUUGAUAAAUGGUUGUUUGGUCAUUCGCAAUUUUUAUCCUCUAUUUGUUCUCCUCUAUGGAAAUCUGAAUGGUUAUUUAGUGCUGGUGGUGAUGAUUUUAUAUAUUUAUGGGACUGGGAAUCAGGUAAGAAAUUGUCUGAAUUUAAAUACAGUGAUAUAAUCAAACCAUAUUUGACUGAGAAGCAUCUGGCUCCAAGCAGAUUCCAAAAUGAGUCAAACGAUAUUAUCGAGUACGCGGUCUCUAAGAUCGUCGCUUUUUCAGGUAUACCUUAUAUUGCAUUUUUUGUAGAGGCUACGAAUAUUCUUUUUAUUGUCAAGAUUGAUGUGGAAAAUAAAAAGAUAUCUGAAAGUAACACUUUGGAAUUACCUUAUAAUAUCAUCUCUUUGAAUACCGCUAACGACAAUGAAGUCAUUGUUUCUCUUGAUAACAGAGAUUCUAACGGAGAGAACUUCGUUAAAUUCGUAAAAUACAAUUCGCAGAGUUGUAUUUUUGAAAUAAAUGAACAAAAAACUAAGGAGUUAGAUGCAUGCUUUGAUACUUUGAAAAAUGACAGCAAUAUAACUGUAGAAAAAGAAAAUAUUUUCCCAUUGUAUUCUACUACAACAUUAAGAAAACAUGGGGAGCAUUACUCUUAA